AUGUUCACGAAGAUUUCUCGUCCUUUAAUACCGAGUGGAACUUCACCGUUGUCACUCGCUUUUCGACCAUUAUCAAUUUCAAACCUUUUAUUACAAAAAUCAUCAGCAAAAACAGAUGAUAAAUCAUUAGUCGAAAAGAAAAGCAACGAGAAAGUGCUACGCGUUGAAGAUUCAUUAAAAGAUUUAUCAUCAGUUAAAUGGCGAACAGAAUUCAACGGCAAACGUCUAUGGCCCCAUGAUCAAUGGCCAGAGCGUGAUUUAGUCAACUAUCCACCAUAUAAACUUCGCGAAGCACCAAAUCCAGUUCGUUGGUAUUGUGUACCUGAAUCAUGGUUCAAGUUUUUCUAUGAAAAAACCGGUGUUACUGGACCAUACAUGUUCUUCUAUGGUUUACUUGUAUAUGGAUUUAGUAAAGAAUACAUCGUUUUGUGGUACGAUUUUACUGAAUAUUUAAUUUUGGCCGCAGCUGUCAUCACAGUUGUUAAGAAAAUCGGUCCAAUGGUCGGUGAUGUUUUCCGUGGUUGGCAUCAAGCAGAAGUCGAUCGUUAUACUUCUGUCGUUAAUAAUUCAAAAGCUAUGGCUGGUAAAAUGUUACAUGGCUACGAGGAAUCAUUGGAACGAGCUCGUCAUAUUGGCAAAUUAGGUGACGCUCGUAAGGAAAUCGUCGACAUGGCCUUGGAAACAGCCUAUCGUGAACGAAUGAAACAGAUGUACGAUGCUGUUAAACGACGAUUAGAUUAUCAAGUUGCUCUUCAAAAUGCCCGUAAGGAUUUCGAAAGAACGAAUAUGAUCAAUUGGAUAACAAGUGAAGUAAAGAAGUCCAUCACAGCUAAACAAGAACAGGAUGCAUUACAAGCCUGUCUCGCCCAACUCAGACAAAUGGCAUCUGGAUCACGAUAG